AUUUGGUUGUGCUCUAUAUACGGAGUAGUAUAUACACAAGAAAUCAGAGACAUAAUUAAUGUUCUUGAAUUAUUCAAUAAUUUAUGACAAUGCUCAAUUCACUUCCUGCUUCAAUAUGCAUUUUUCGUGGCCAUGGCCUUCAAACUUCUAAUAGAUCAGCGGCAGCAGCUCAUCAUCAACCGUCAUCGUUUCGUGUAAUGUGUAGUCAAACAACAACAACUAGCAGAAGAUCUGGGAAUUAUAAGCCUCCUACUUGGGAUUACACUUACCUUCAGUCCUUCAACACUAAUCACUAUACAACUGAGAGGUACGUGACAAGACGUGAUGAGUUGAAGAAAAAGGUUCACAAUAUGCUGAACAAUGAAGAGAUGGAAGACUUGGAGAAGAUGGAGGCCAUUGAUGAAUUGCAAAGGAUGGGAUGUGCUUGCCAUUUUGAGGAUGAAAUAUGGGAAGCUUUGAAGGUAAGAAACAGUUGCAGUCGAGAGGGGAAAGCGAAUUUGUAUUCUACAGCUCUCAAAUUUAGACUGCUCAGACAAAAUGGCUUCUGUCCCUCUCAAGAUGUGUUUGAUGGUUUCCUGGAUGAAAGGCGGGUCAAUUUCAAGACUGAAAUUUGCGAAGACACCAAGGGAUUACUAAGCUUAUAUGAAGCAUCCUUUCUAUCCAUGGAAGGUGAAACCACUUUGGACUUGGCCAGAGACUUCUCCACCAAACAUCUCAAACGGGCAGCCGCCGGCUCCACAACCGCCAACCCAAACCUUUUGGCGGCCGUUGAACGGGCGCUGGAAAUGCCUUUGCAUUGGAGGGUGCCGAGGCUGGAGGCCAGCAGUAACAUUCACUUGUACCAAGCAAAACCGAACCAUAAUCCUGUCCUUUUGGAAUUAGCUAAACUGGACUUCAACCUUGUUCAAACUCUGCACCAACAUGAAUUGAAAUCCGUUUCAAGGUGGUGGGAGAACUCAUAUAUUGGAGAAAAAAUGAAGUUCGCGAGAGAUAGAGUGGUAGAGAAUUUCUUUUGGGCAGUAGGAAUACUUAGCAACCCCAGGGACUCAAACGCCAGAAGAAUGCAGGCAAAGCUUAUUUGUCUCUUUUACACAGUUGAUGAUAUGUACGAUAUAUAUGGUACUCUGGAUGAAUUGCAAGUCUUCACUGAUGCUGUUGAGAGAUGGAGCGACAUAACAGAAAUUGGACAUCUUCCCGAUUAUAUGAAGCCAUUUUAUUCUGCACUCCACAACCAUGUAAAUGAAGUGGCAUAUGAUGCCGGCAAAAAACAGGGCAUUCUUGUCUCCCGUUAUAUAAGAAAAGCGUGGGUGGAUCUUUGCAAAUCACACUUACAAGAGGCAAAAUGGUUCCAUAGUGGGUACACGCCAUCAUACGAAGAAUACAUUGAAAAUGCAUGCCUUUCAACAGCAGUUCCUCUGGAAAUAGUUCAUCUUUUCAUUUGGGCCAACAACCCUUUGAAUGAAGAAGCCUUACGCUGCCUCUCACAGCAUCAUCAUGACAUUGUUCGUUUCACAUCUUUGAUUCUCCGCUUAACAAAUGACAAAGCAACAUCUCUUAACGAAAUGAAAAGAGGCGAUACACCAAAAGCUGUGGAGUGUUACAUGAAUAGUGCUAAAGUCUCUAUCAGCGACGCUCAAGAUAACAUAAACUCUCAAAUAAAUGAGGCAUGGAAGAAAAUGAAUAAGAUUGGAUUUGAAGAUAACCCGGCCUUCUCAAAAAUAUUCAUUGAAUUCUCAACAAAUGUUGCAAAAGUGGCUCAGUACAUAUAUCAACAUGGAGAUGAACAUGGGGUGAAGUCUAUAUUUUUCGAACCUAUUCCUUUAGAUUACGCUAGUUUUUCAAAUAAAAUUAUACUUGGAUGACAUUAUGAAUGCGGCACUAUUUUACGACACAAAUAAAUUUGAUUGAAUAUUGAAAUUUCUAAUUCGGGGUUAUAAUUACUAUUGUGAUACCCGUGUGAUGCAAACAGUUUUAUUUUUAUAUAUCGAUAUUUACUUUAAUAAAGGGGAAAUCAUGCUUUUAAUCUUUUGCUACAUAUAUUAUAAUGUAAUCCUUAUGUAUUCAAUGUAAUAAAUGUUAUCUCUAAUUGUAUGAAUGUUGGUGAUAAUGUGUUCCUUCCGUGAAAUUGAACUACAAAGUUAUUUUUUUGAAAUUUUGCACUUA